GACACGCGCACAGCCAGCACGCGGGCUCCAACCACAACAAGCCCCUGGAAAUAAAAACACAACAAUGAUGAUAAACCCGUAAAGAGAUGGACGAAGAGUGGAACCGUGAGCCGGAGCAUCUGCUGACAAUACUGAGGAAACUCCGAGAGGUGUUCGACGUGUGCGACGAGGACGCGGACGGUUUUAUUCGCCCUGAACACCUGGUGCAGCUGGGAUCUCAGUUCGGACAAGAAGAACAGGUGAAGAGGUUGGCCAAAUGUUUGGACCCCAACGCUCACGGGAGGAUCAACUUCAGAGACUUCUGCUGUGGCGUGCUCACAAUGAAAGGCUAUGUUUUGAACUUUAAAAAGAAAAGUUCAACACAUGAAACAGCCAAGAGUUAUUAUCAGUUUGCCUUCAUGUAUCGUUCCUCAUUGGGUCAGUGUGUGGGCUCAUGA